AUGGCUGACCAAAGCAGGCCAUCUAGCGCUUCCACCAAUAAGACCCUAUCAUACACUUCCUCUUCACGCAAAAAUUCACUCUCUUCAACUACAACCAUACGUUCUCAGCAAAGCAGUUUGGAAGACGUAAUCGUGAAAGAAUAUUUGGACGCCUUAGAAAGACCAUCUGCAAAACCACAUGUUUUGCCCCAGUAAGACAUUUAUUAUAUUUCUAUUAGUUAAUAGAUUUUCAUACAUGAUACGGGAAUGAGACAUUCAAUUAGCUUAUUACACAACAUGAGUGCAGUCACUGUUUGGGUCCUAAGCGAGAAAGUAUAAAGUUACAGAAAUACCUGUAAGGGUAAGAUUCACUUUAAAAUGUCUAUUUUUAAAGAUCACGUGUCAUGAUAGUAACACUGACAAUGGCGGAAUAUAGCUUCAUUUAUUAUAAUACAUUUCAUUACCACGGUAAAUUCACAUUAUGAAUACACUUUUGUAUUACGAACGCUAUAGUGUUGCUUUAAGGUAAAACUAAAUAAGUGAAAGGGAAAUGGAUACGGAUUGUUGCCACUAACUAGACCAUUGCUGAACCAAUUUAUGAUUCAAUUCCUAAUGCUAGAGGUCAAGUGAUAUGCUCAGACAAACUGAUUCAUAAUUUUUAACCCUUUGAUUGUAUCGUAAAUAACUAACGGGCUCAUCUUUUGAAAGUUAAUGGAUUUAACUUUUUAUUUGUGAAUAUGGCAAUCUGUUAAAAUUCCCCAAUACACACGAUAGCACGAUUGUGAAACUAACAAUAGCAUCUGAAUAUACGCCAACACAAUUAUCAGGGGUUAGAAGACACUUUGUGAUGUACCUCACUGUAUAUUGUAAAUAAUUGCUCUACAUUAUUAUUUGAAUUCUUCUAUAGGAAAAUAAGAAAGCUUGACAGGGAACAUUCUGCCAGUAAAUCGACAGCAAGUGUAACUCCUUAGCAACUGUCAUUUUACAUUAUGUCAUUCAAAUAUCUAAUGUGACAAUCGCAUUUUAUACUAAUUGUACUUUGCCAUUUAGUUUGUGUUUUGUGAUUUUUACUUUCCGAAGCUGUUACAGUUUUGGCUGGACAGCAAUGGAUUUUAAGAAGCUCAUAUAUGAAGCCACCCAGUGUCUUAGUAUUUCUGUUGGGAAAUUUUAUUUUAGAACAUUUCCUAAACUUCUAGUUGUCCCUUAAAUUUCUCCAAAAAAAAACUUAAAUGAAAAACUUGUUUUGUGAUAUUUAAUUUGACUCUUUUAAAUUGGCCCAAUUAUGAUAACCAUUUAAGGAUGACUUUGAUUGGGCAGAGCUGAAAAUCAGCUGUCCUUAGCCUCCUCAUAAAAUAGAUCAUAGUCCUCUUCUGCACAAUCGAGUUGUCAUUUCAUGGUAUAACGUUAGAGUCAGACUGGGAGCACAUAACGGUGGGCCCAGGAUCUUGAUAAUAAAAGUAACGUUUUUCCAGGCAGUGAUACCAUAACUAGUACAGCUCUAAUAGUGUUCCUUUAAAUUACAAAUUGGAAUGAAUUAAAAUCCAUAUUGCCAAAUGUAGGUUAAAAUAGUCACCUUUCUUCUCACUUCCAAUUUACUAUUUGCUAAUUUACUGAGAAGUUAUUAUGGACACUCUCUUGGGUUCUGUAUAUUGCUUUAAUUAGUUCUAUUCUGCAAAUUAACAAAACAAAAAAAAGCAAAGUUGAAAUCUUCUUACAAUUCGCUGUUUUCCAAAAUGUUUCCAUUCACGUGUCAACGCAUUACAUUUUAGAAUUUAGUGACUAACCCUGAGAGGGAAAAUCUAUGGAAAACUAAUGCUGAGGCAGAAAAUUUGGCGAUUACCUACUCGUUGUUAUGCAUUAUCAGGGUUGAGAAAUGGCUAUUCCGAACCCUCUCUAUAAAAAUGAUUUUUUUCAGAUGAAAAAUGAUUUAAUAUUCGAAAUAAAAUAGAAAGCUUGUCCACAACGAUUCUUAUGAAUAUAUGGUUAGAACAAAAAGAUUGUCAGACAAUUGUUGUGACCUGUAUGGAGAAACAAUAAAGUACGUCUUGUUCAGGAAAUAUCGGGUAAAGGGUGGCUUUUGAGUCUCCUCAAUUUUUUCAGCACACUUUAUGUUUUGGAAGUUGAGACCUCCUGCCGAGCCAUCCAGGAUCUAUGGACACACAUGUUGAAAUGGUAGAAUUGGACCAUAUAUCAGUGAAUACAGAGUUAAAGCCAUCCUGUUAUUUUUUUAGUUAAUUUUUAUUCAAUAUAUAUAUGUUUGCUCCUUAUCUGGACCAUCUUCUCUGGUGGACAAACGUUAACUCAAUUCAAGAACUGAACGUGUGAUUUAGAUUUACUAAAACAAUCCUCUGCAGUGUUUCAGUAAUGAUGAUUAAUCCAACUUCAGUAUAUAUUCUCUCGUAUUCUCGUUUUAUGGGCAUUGUGAAAAUUGCUAGAUAGAAGUGGUUUUUGUCUUUUCGUUUUUAUUUGCCAGCAUGUAAAAGAACUAGAAUAGUUGUACAUUUGUUGGAAUUAUAACACUUCCAAUAUCUAAUCUAAUAUUUCACUUUUUCUUUAGAAAAUACAAAUCCCCUUACGCUGAAAUAUCAGCUAGACGCAAAAAAGACAGACGGCGAAGUGAGAGCCCUUGUCUUAGCUCUUGCACUGCACUUCAAUCAGAACAUGUAUCGAGAAGGUCAGCCUAUCAAGAUUACUCCCCACUUCAAACAACAUCUGUUCACAGCAGAAAUGGAGUUUCAGAUUUAGACCUCAACAUUUCAGACAGUUCUGACAAUCCCUACUUCUCAUCAUCAUCCAAGAAAAACAGGUCUGUCAGUGCUCCACCGGGUCACGUUAGGUAAUCAAAGCAGUUCUGCAUUGCUUUCUGUUGACUUGUAAUAUGGUGUUUCUUUACAAAAGAAUUUACACCUGUUAAAUAGAGUUCAUUUGUUUGCUUUUCGUUACUUCAUAUGUUCUCUUUGCAAUAUUUUUGAGUUCUAACAAGUUAUUAGACCUUUACUUAAAAGAAAAUGUAUUAUACCGUGUUUUCAGGUCUAUAAAGCUGUUGUUUUUUCCCCCCCUCUACUUUCCCAGUGAUAUAUAUUCACCCAAAGAAACCAAAAAUAAAAUAAGAAAGCAUAAAAGACAGCACAAUAAUCCAUAUAUCCGUCUCUUCAUCACUACCACUAUCUCUAUCUAUCUAUCUGUCUAUCUAUAUUCUAUCUAUCUAUCUAUCUAUCUAUGUAUCUCUUUGUUUAUCUCUCUGUCUGUCUAUCUAUCUAUCUAUCUAUCUAUCUCUCUGUGUAUCUGUCUGUCUAUCCAUCUAUCUAUCUAUCUAUCUAUCUAUCUAUUUAUCUAUCUGUUUAUCUGUCUGUCUAUCUAUCGAUCUAUCUACCUAUAUAUUGAUCUAUCUAUCUAUCUGUUUAUCUAUCUAUCUGUCUAUCUAUCUCUGUGUAUCUCUCUGUCUGUCUGUCUGUCUAUCUAUUAUCGAUCUAUCUAUCUAUCGAUCUAUCUACCUAUAUAUUGAUCUAUCUAUCUGUCUGUUCAUCUAUCUAUCUAUCAAUCUAUCUAUCGAUCUGUUUAUCUAUCUAUCUCUCUAUCUAUCUAUCUAUCUGUCUAUCUAUCUCUGUGUAUCUGUCUGUCUAUCUAUCUAUCUAUCUGUCUGUCUAUCUAUUAUCUAUCUAUCGAUCUAUCUAUCUUUCGAUCUGUCUACCUAUAUAUCGAUCUAUCUGUCUAUCUAUCCAGAAAGGAUAGAAAAGGAAACAUUCCAGACACAGUGGACGGGUUACACCCAAAGUCAAUUGGAACCAAGCUGGGUUGUCUAUUCUUAUACCCUCAGAACAUAAUAAUUUAGAAUUGGGCAACAACUUGAGUGCCUGUGGAAUGCUUAUAUACUCAUCUGUAGUACAGUGUUAGCUAAGAACUAACCCUAUCUCAAUUAGAAUAUAAGUUUGCGUGUUUAUCCUAACUCUAUUAUCUUUAUAUUCUAUUUUGUGUAUGCGUGUCAUUUUAUAGAAGAAGUUAGUUUUUUAAUGAAUAUGAGCAGAUUAUCAUAUCAUUAUUUUUGUUUCAGACAUUCCGUGAAAAAAACCCACAUGUAUUCUGGUGGCUUUGGGGCAGUUCCAGUUUUUAAACGGCAAGCCUUUGUGAUCAAAGCUUUUGCUUACAAGAAUGGAACCAGAAGCAUGCCUGUUAAAGUUUCAGCGCCUACUAUUCAGCUGGUAACGUUUACUUUAUUAACUGGCUUUAUUUACAAGUCAAAACUAUUACAUGAUGUAACGUUAAACUGGAUAUGUAAUUAUCAACAAACUUGUGGUGGAUUAAAGGAAAGGACAAAAGUCACCUCCAAAACAAAUUUUUAAUAUAAGAAAGCUUUCAUCAAGUUUUGAAAGCCAUUAUUUUUGUAAAGAAAUUAAUUAUAUUGUUAGAAUUUUUUUUUUUUUUUUUAAAUCCCUACAUUUAUUAAAUAACAGGAUCCUUCAGCCGUAUACAUGCACAUUGGGUCAGACCAUGUUUAAGAAAUAAAAAAAACAAAAAAAAAAAACAGUUAGUCUCUAUGGUCUUCCCUGCCUCGUGCACCAAAAACUACAAUCUCUGCACUCAAGUUCCAUCACAUGAGCCGGCCAUCAAUCACAGAGGUGCUCCAUGUACCGCUGAUCCGUCCAAGCAACAGAAAAAAAAAAAUGAAAGACACAGGCUACACUCUGUGAUAAUGAUGCUGUAGAUUUAUUUCAGAGUAAGUCCCCCACAAAACAAGCAGCGUUUUGGAUCCCCAGAGUCAAGUGCAUAAUUUAGGCUCUAAACGUUGCUAUCCUCAUUAUCACAGAGUGUUUUAUUUUUUUUCUGUUUUCAAACACACUCCGACCCAAGGUGCAUGUAUAUGGCUGGCUGAAAGAUCCUGUCAUAUAUUCUAAAGGUUGCGAUGAGUUUCUCUCUUUUUUUAUUUUAUUUUUUAUAUAUAUAGUUCAUUAAAAUAUAUACAGUUCUUUUCAAAACUUGAAGAAAGGAUUAUUAUAUUAAACAUUCUUUGAGGUGAUUAGAUUUGAAUUGACAGUUGUCCUUUAAAAUGGGUGAUCUAAGCACCAUAACCACUACAGCUGUUUAUAUUUUGAUAUAUCUGUGUAUAUAUAUAUAUGUGUGUGUAUGCAUUUGUAUAUCUAUGUACAUGUAUGUGUGUGUUUUCAUUGUCUUUUAUAACGAGUGUGUUACCCAUUUUCGUCUGUUUUAUUUUUUUGUCUGCACUGUAUUCAUCUCCUGUAAUACCUUCUUAUCCCAUUCAGCUCCUGGAGAGGUGCACUGUGAAACUGAAACUCAAUAUGGCGGCCAGAAGAAUCUUUUUGGCAGAUGGUGAAGAAGUUUUUGAACCGAAAGACAUAGCCCAUGAUACUGACAUUUACAUAUCAACUGGAGAGUCCUUCAUAGAUCCUUUCAAAAGUGUUAAAGGUACCAAAAACCAAAACAAAACACUGAAAAAUUAUUUCUGCCUUUAGAGUUGGCAAUUAGGGAUAAUUUUUCACUCUGCCAUUUGCUCUGUUUAGUAAUGCUAAUGUUUACCCGUUUAUAGUUUAGCACGAGUAUAAUCUGUCUAAUGAAAGAGAAAUCUACUGACAGCCAGGUUUAUUGGCUUUCAUUAGCGUCGGUGCUUAAUUUAAUAUAGAUCUGAAUAGACAUUAGGGAGCCUGCAGGAGGUUAAAUGGUGAAAAUAUCAUAAAUUAAAUCACAGAUUAUUGAAUUUGCUGUUUAGUUCCAGUGACACAUAACAGACACAAUUCAUUAAGCUUGUAGCACUGUAGAAACAUUUCCAAAGUAAGAUAAUUAAGGUAACUUAUGAGCAGAAAUAAUUGGAACAAAACCUAAAAAUCGAACUUUCUGUUAUCAAAAUAAAAAAGAAAGCCUCUGGCCUUUUUUUCUGCUCCUUGAUGAAGUCUUUUUAACAGUAUUCAUUUUUUAACGCUAUUCAUGUUAAGAGACUAAUAUUUAAAGAGAUGGAAAUUUGCCUUCUCAAGUACGUUAAAUCAGAAUACUGCAAACAAAUUAAAUGCUUUAUGAUCCUAACAUGAUUCUGCAUAAAAUAUUUUGUAAUAUUAGUCGAAGUAUAGGUUAAAAAAAAAAUAGCAUUAAAUGUUUUUGUCACUAAUCAAGCAACACAAGUUGAAGAUGUCUUCCUAAUUUCUAGAUACAUUUAUUAAAUCGAAUAUAGCAAAUUUUCUCUGUAAUUUAAUGAAUAUUUGAUAAAAUAUUCUUGUCAGGUGGCUCGGCUCUGCUCUGCUGGACACCCCUUUGUAUUCAAGAAUUGUUUUGGCUUAGAGUCAUUUCCACAGAGCGCUCAUAAAAGGAAAUCGUAUAGAUGAGAACAGAAAUACUGCCAAAGGCCGCUUUAUUAUUUUUAUAUUUUAAUGUGAAAAGAAUCCUUUUUUUUUCUUCAUUUCCUGCAAUCUAAAACCAGCAACAAUCUAGUCUUGAAAUAUUUAAGAGCAUGUGCAAAUAUACGCACACACAAAAAUUUGUUGUUUGUUUUCAACAUUUUGCAAUUGCCACACCAAGAUGUAAGAAAUUAAAAAAUAUGUUUUAUUGUUUUACCACUCAAGCCAACCGUACAGUCAUUUCAAUAUGAUGUUUGUUUGUUUAUUUUUCACCUAGAUUCACAAAGGUAAUUUUUACCAUCUAACAUGGAAACCGAGAAACUAGUUGUGGUAAAUAGCAUUUAGCGUCUUCCAUUAAUCUCUAUGGGAGAUGUUAAAACCUUCAGCAGCUGCGAAAUACCAGUCACUAAACUUUACGUUUUUGUAGCAUGAAAACUGAAAGUAGUUGCUGUCGUACAUGACAGACAUUUUUGUGAUUAUCGACUUGCCAGUAAAUGAAGGUGACCGUCAUAGAACUAAUCCUUACUGUUUAGUUAAGACGCCCCUUAGUGUCACCUACCCUUUCCAUAAAUUAAUUAAUUAGAACUUUUACCUUUUAGUUUCCAACUCUUUAAACUCACAUUAAUUAUCAAUUAAAGGGAAAAUAAUAAUUAUUUCAUGACUAUAUGUUCCCCUAUUUACAGUGAACUCUGUUCACCCCUUUUCUGUAGAAAAAAAUAAAUGAAAUACAUUUUUAUUUGCCUUGUUUCCAGCACCAAGACCAGGCGGUGCAGCCACCGGAUUCUUCAUCAGCAAGCAUGCUGACGUCUUCCACGUUCUUGUCCAAUCCAAUGCUUCUCAUAGAGAUGUACUGGGGGCAAGCUGUGCAUGCGCGCAGAAUGCUGUGCUCCUCCAUUCAAAUCUUUUACAUGAGAAGCCUCAAAGGAUGUGAUUUUAACAUGUUCUCACAGCGAAUGCAUCUCUAGUGAAUUUCAGGAAGACUGCCACUAGCACCCUUCUGCUAACUCGCGCUUGCAGGAUUUCUCGCGGGUGGCUCUUCCUUUGGCACAGCUUGCCUACCCCCAUCAGACUCUCCCUUAGUCUUUAAUUGUUUAAAAAGUCCCUCAAAACACAUCUUUUCAGAAAUGCUUAUGGACUCCCAGAGUAACUUAUCUAUACCUAUCGGUAUCUUGCUCUCCUAAAGAGCCACACUCCACUCUCACCUCCAGCUCUGCUACUUUUCCACCUUGUUUGUUUGCUGUCACCCUUGCUGCCCCGUUGUGUAUUUGUUGUAAAUGGUUUUUAUUUUGAUUGUAAUGUAAAAAGCAAACAGUUCACAAUUCUUGAAAAUAGCAUAUGGUUGCCUACGCAAAGGCGUAUAUGUUAAAAUUAGGAACUUGGUAAUGGCAAUAAUACAAAACAGAUAUGCGUAUAACUUGUGUAGAUAUACAAAUAGACCGUAGCAUGCUACAAUGUGUUCUGAGGAAUUGGGUUGCCGAUGCUGGGACCUUCCAGGUUAUCAGAUUUCUAGAGCAUGGUGUUUAGUAAACAUUCAGCGUGCGUAUGUCAAUGUGUGGCAGAGUUUAUAUCGGUAAUCAUCGAAGCUAUAUUUCGAUCUGAGACCAGUGCCAUGUACUGCACUAUUGGACAGUUUGUCGUUGCAUAAUAACUAACGUAUAUAUGGUGCUAGCUAAAUGUAUGCUAGGGUGGUAAGUUGGUGAUCUUGUUCAGAAACCUAAGCCACUAUAUCCCAAAGUGAGCGCUGACCCUUAUGCUUAGAGGGUGUGCUUUGCCAUGGUGAAUGAAUCUGUGGAUGGGCCCAGCUCGAAAGGGAUGGUCUGUUUUCUUAGAGUCGUGGUUGGGCUUGUAGCAGCCUUAGGCCUGCGUGGCAUGGUAGGGUUAUCGAUUGUAGUGGCCCCUGCCUGCGCUGAGAGUGGUGGGGAGGUGCGGUAAUGGCCUCCUCUUUCAUCUAGUCUAGCUGGGUAUCUCCGCUGUGGUAAAGCCUCAUGCGCAGGGCCGGUGCAAGUAUUUUUGGGUACAUAGGCGAAGAUGCAUUUUUCCGCCCUCCCCCCCAAAAAAAUUACAUCUUCACCUGUGUGCCUCUUAACUUCCCUUUUGUGAUUCUUAUCCUCUCUUUUAAAUGUCCCCUUUAGUGUCUCUUAUCUCCUAUUUUUCCCCAUUGUGUGUCUUACAACGCCCUUGUGUAUCUCUUACAACCCCCCUUGUGUGUCUCUUAUCUCCCCUCUUUGUAUCACUCUUACAUCCUCCCACAUUUUGUGUGUCUCACUCCUCCCAGCCCCUUUGUGUGACUCCUUCUCUCCUAGCCCCUUUGUGUCUUUUGCAGAAGCUCCUGUACCGCACUCUGCUCCGCAACGCUACACUCAGUGGUGUAUACACACUGACAGUCACACACACUCAAUGACAGAACACACAGGCAUCACUGACAGACACAGACUCGCUGAUCUGACACACACUCAUUCAUUGACAGACACACACACACACACUGAAAGACAUUUAUUGACAGACACACUGAUAGUCACACAUAGACUCAAUGACAAACAUACUCUCACUGAUUGACAGACACUCACAAACACACACUGACAGACACACUCAUACACUCACAUGCACACACAUACACUCACACACACAUACGCUCACUAAUAAUAAUAUUUUAUAAUUAAACACUUUCCACCCAGCCUCCCUACCUAUAGAGCUGGCUUGAAUCUGUCCCUGGGGUCCUGUGGGGCUGCUGGGAGGCGGGCAGCUGUGGUAAAAUCAGAGGUGGCAAGGGAGCUGUGAUUUCCCUGCUCUGCUCCCUCGCACCUCGUAGGCUGUCUACUGAUGCCGGGAGCUGGAAUAUGACAUCAUAUUCAAGCUCCCACGGCAUCAGCAAACGGUGCGCGAGGGAGCAGAGCAGGGAAAUCACAGCUCCCUCGUCGCCUCUGAUUUUACCACAGCCGCACACCGAGGGGACCAUAACAUGGCCUGGUAGGAGGAAGCGCUUUCCUCCUGCCGGUCACUAGAAUUUUGCGCCCCCCAGGGCCAGUGCACCCUAAGGCAGAACGGUAUUGAGUGUUCGUUAGUUGUCGUCUGUAGCUCGUCACCUGUCCUCAGGGAAUGUGUGAGGUGAGGGUGAGGGUGUGGGUGGUCCCCCCACCCUGCUUACGUGGCCAGUUGGCUGCUUAGAGUGGAUUGCCUGUCGUUGGCGGUAUUGUGUGUAAUGCCCAGUGUAGUUGACUUUAUUAACGAUAUGUCCAAUUGGCUUUGUGGUGAGAUUCGGGCAUUCUGAAAGCUGAACGGUAUUAAGUGUUCGUUAGUCGUCAUCUGUAGCUUGUCACCUGUCCUCAGGGAAUACCCUGUUGUGUAUUUCUACCCCACCUCCUCUAGACUGUAAGCUAUUGUUCCUGUGUCACUGUUCAAUUGUCUCAUUUAUUGUAAAUUCCCCCCCCCUUUUUAUAAUAUUAUAAAGCGUUGCGGAAUUACUUGGCGCUAUAUAAAUACCAAUAAUAAUAAUAUUAAUAAUAAUAAUAGAGAUGUGUUAUCCCUGCAAUGGAAACAUUGCCCUAUCUACUAAAUGGCAAUGUUUUACACUGAAGGACUAAAACUACAGGGCUAUUAAACCCAGACCACUUCAUUGAGAUGAAAUAGGCUGGGUGCCUGUAGUGGUCCUAUAAGACAAUUGUACUCUUUAAGCAUUUUAAGAGCAUUAGAAAAAAAGGGAGAAAAAAGGGUAAGCUGGUACCUCCUAUAUUUGCUGAUUUUUAACUAAUAUUCAACUGGCAUGUGUUGUGUCCUUUGGGAUAAAUUUGAUCAUUAUGCACAUGAAAUAAAUAUGGUUUUAUGUAGAGCAGCCCAAUGUAUGUCAGGUAGCAGACUAUCAGUAUUAAAGAGUGCAUUCUUUGUGGCUCUAAUUGCAUUACUAUUUGUCCGCGAAGCCAAAAAACACCUUGUAUAAUCAAUGCUAUUUUUCCACGUGGCUGGUCCUUUGGCAAUCAGUAGUUGAGACAUGUUCCCUGUUGUCUUUAUGAAAAGAUUGAUUUUUAUGUUUUGUUCUUUUCUAUAAAAAUAUUUGAAUGAUAAAAAGUAAUAGUAAAUUUAAAGUGCUGGCUAAGUCUCAGCAAGAAAAGGCGAACCAAGCAAGGUAUUUAACUCUGUAUGUCAGAAUGUGCGAGAGCUGUGCAGUAUAGCGUCCUCUCAGCUUCGUGGUCAUCAGAUUGAGGCAAAGAAAUGAAUUUCUAUAAUUUACAAUAUACUCCUUAAGCUAACCUACCUUGUAAUGUGCAUUAAUAAGAAAGUUUGGAACCUGACUUUAACAGAGACAAAAUGGAAAGCAUUUUUCAUACCUUGAUAGGCCUUUCUCACUGUACAGUUAACCUUCAGCUGAUAUAUAGCUACAUGGUUACAUAGGCUUAAAAGAGACAUAUACGUCCAUUGAGUUUAGCCUUUCUCACAUCUGUUUUUGCUGUUGAUACAAAAGAAGGCAAAAAUAACAGUUUGAAGCGCUUCCAAUUUUGUAACAAACUAGGAAAAAAAAUCCUUCUUGACCCCAGAAUGGUAGAGUUGGAUCAAUAAGCUAUUACCCCACUAAUUCAAAAUGAUAUCCCCUAAUAUUAUCUUUUUGCAAGUAUUUAGUCAAUUGUCAUUUAAACAUCUGUAUAGAAAGAAAAACACCUCUUCAAGUAGAGAAUUCCAGAUCCUUAUUGUUCUUACUGUAUAAAAACAUUUCCUUUGCCUUAGACUAAAUCUCCUUUCUUCCAAUCUAAAUGCAUGACUUUGUGUCCUUUGCAUAGUCCAAUUUAUGAAUAGAUUUCAAGACUAUGGUUUGUACUGGCCCCCGAAUAUAUUUGUAUAAUGCUAUCAUAUCCCCUCUGAGGUGCUGUUUUUCCAAACUAAAGAGAUUUUAAUUUAACAUCUCUUCAUAACUAAAAUGCUCCAUUACAUUUGAUGCAUGCAGAAGGUGUUAUAAUUUAAUUUAAAUUAAUAAAAAAAAGGUAAAAUAAAUUGCUCAUGGGGAUUUUCAAAGGAUCUGCUUAUAUGUUUUGGAGAGCAGAUUCCUAAAAUACUAGCAUAAUGGAAAAGAAAGGCUUUCUGUAUGUGCUUACAUUGUCACAUACAAUAAAUAUCAAACAUGUGAAGGAUCAGAGACACCAUUUAUUAUUUAUUUAUUAUGUGAUACAAUUCCCAUGAUGCUAUGCCAUCUGGGGAUCCUCCAUUCGCCAAUUCUUGCAUGGUUGUAUUUGAGCAGUGUUUGUGAGUUUGAAUGUAAGCAUGUUUUUGUGUGGAGUAUGUGUGUGUGUGAAAAUGAAGAUUCUGCGUUUGAAGCUGCAUCCCUCUCCUCACACCAUCUUUCCAUGUAUCCCUCUUGUCUGACAUGUGGGCGGUCAGCGACGAUGCACAUUUGUACACUGCUCUCCUCAAGCCCCUCCGCUGCAGCCUUCUCCAUCUCAGGCGCUCUAGGCCCGUGAUGAAGGAUUCAGAAUGAUAUGAGGCUUGUCAGUACGAGCGAGCGGAUGCCACACCAACCACUGGUAAGAUCAGCUUCCUCCAUAGCUUUCUCCAAAAGGCCUCCAGCUUGAAUUCAACUUGGGACCUUCUUACCUUAUCAGGGGAUAUGCAGCCUCCGCUAUUUUGAGUGUAAUGCUUUCAGAGUCUUCGUGUGUCAUGGCAAAGCCAAAUGUCUCCCGUAGAGUACGGUGCCUCCAGGGUGAGGACCGGUCUCACCCCCCGCUGGUCCAAAAGGAGGGGGGGGGGUGAAUAGGCCAUCAGCUCCAUAGUGUUUCAGUUAGCCAUGAGUUGGACCGGAAGAUCGGCCGCCUCUCCUUACCACAGUGCCCACCAGGCCUCACACUCAAUCAGCUGAUAGGAGCUUCUCUUCUUGCUUUACCCUCUCCUGUAAGUGUCUCCUCUCUGCCUCCCAGAUGGGCUCUCUGUAGCUGGGGGGAAGUGAACUGCACUCAGCAUUGCUGAUUUGCCUAAGUACAUGGGUCACGCGAUGGCCCCCCCCUUCAGGCCUCUUUGCGUCUUCACUGCUGAUAGUUCCGCCACUGUCCCUAGAUGAUUGUUGUGGCCUUUCUUGAAUUAAAUAAGUGAGAUGUAGCUCACCUUCUUAUAGCCGUAGUGAGGAAGAAGUCCAUAUCUGAAUUACAGUUUGCAUUUAAAGACUCUCCUUUAUAUGCUGUUAACUACCUCCACAUGCAAAUUUGUCACAUGAAAAGCUUGUGGGGCCACCUGGUCCCACAAGUACUUUUAUAGUAUGUGGCCAUAGGGCAGAGAAUACUAUACAAGUACCCUCCUUGUUUCUAUGAGAGCACCUGUGCCACAGCAUUAUUUAUGAAAUAAAUGAAUGGGACCAUUGGUAAGGUGGUGAGCCAUGGUCAGUUUUACCUCACAGUUUUAUUUAUUUAUAUUUUUAUACUCCGCACCCAUAUAUAAUGAUUUCAGGAGUUUUUUCCUGAGCUGACACAGAAAGUUUACAUUGAUUUAUUUUGAAUACAUUUAUUUGUCAACUCAUGCCCAUUUAACAAAUAUUUUCUGUUAAUUGUUAUUGCUUGUGCAUGUUAAUGCUGAUAUAUAUAUAUAUAUACACACACACACACACACACACACACAGAUAAUAUAGGCAUCUAAUUCUACUUUUGGUAGCAAAAAAAAAAAAAAGAGUUACAAUUUCCUUGAAAUAGUUUAGAAUUUUUAAAAAAAAUUUUUUUUGUAAAUUACCAGGUUUUUUUUUUCCACAUCUAAACUCUCCUUAACAGUAAAUACCUCUGCAAGCUAUGAAAUCCCUGCCAGGAGUCGCUGUAUAAAACUCCGAGCCUGCUUGUUCUCACACUGCUCUGCCGGCUGCCCACAUUUUACUAUACUCAGCACAUCAGCAUGUUAGGGAGCCUGCAGGGCACAUGCAGUCUGAUCAUUCUUAUGGCAAUUGUAUCCACUUGACUGGACAUUUAAACGAAUAUCAAACUUCAUCAAGCAAAUUUCUAGCGCUCAUUGUCUCUGCUUGUUUUUGUCUCUGUCUUUCUCUUCAUUUCUCUUUGCAGUUAAAAGAGAAGGAUGAGCAAAAUGUAUAUUUAUACUGCUUCUAUUCUAAUUGAUGUGGUCGUGUUUCUUACUCCUAUUCAUCGCUGUGUUUUGUUUUAAAAUUAUUAUUUUUGUGUUAUACCAAACUAUUGGCACACACUGAUGAAACAUUUACACCAUCCCUUGCUGGAUCAGCAAGCUUAACCUACCAGAAUCUGGUGUUGUGCAAUGUUUUUGACUGAUAAUCAAUCUUUUGGUUGCUCGACAGUUGUUACAGGGACGUAUACUAGCGAUGGUGGCAGAUGUGUCUUGUCUUUUGAGAAAAGAGGUUGUAGGUACGCUUAGGAAGAAGUAACAAUUCAGGCAUAUCCAAAAACUCCCUCUAUUGAAAGCUGGAAAAUGUGUUUUUAGAGUCGGUACAGUUUAAUUGUUAAAUAUCUAGAGUAGGAUAAUUUCUUAUAAGCUUAAGCAAUCUGAGGACCACCUCUGUAACUUGUUUGUAAAUCCAAUCAAAUGUAAUACCUACGGUAUCUAUUUCUGACUAUGUCCUGUUAAUGUAUUCUUUAAAGAAUAAUUAAAGGGACACUCCAGGCUCUAAUUUCCUCCAACCAAUUUGUAUACAGUAUGAAGACAAAUUGAUAAUGCAAAAAUAAACGAAAAUUAUAACUCUAAUAAUUAGAAAAAAAUACCCUUAAAUGCUGCAGGUCCCCAAGACCUUCAGAGAGACCUGGAAUUGUCUGAAACCUCUCUGCUAUUUCUGGCCUUCCCAUUUGUUUCAUUAUAGUAUUGGUCAGCUGGGGUCUAUGUCGUUUAUACAGUGUGCAGAUGUGCGCUGGUUUGUAAAACACCUCUGGUGUACUGCACUGACCUGUUUAGAACUUUUAUAUAUUUACACAAAAAGAUAAACGAGAGGCAUUGUUGUGAGUGAGUGAAAUCUAUUUGGUUAUAUCAUAUGACUCCUUUCCUAACUCAACAUUCUCUUUUUCAAUCACACGGUGCAAUAUGGGGACCUUAUAUAGAAGUUGAGGCGGCACAUGUCCUUUGGCCUAAAUACUAAAUAUUAAAUGACCAGAAUAUCUUGGUUAUUAUUAUUAUUGGUAUUUAUACAGUGCCAGCUUAUUCUGCAGCGCUUUACAAUAAAAGGGGAAUUUACCAAAUGAGACCAAUAACAAAAUGUAACCGGAACAAUAGGCAGUUGAGGACCCUGCUCAAACGAGCUUACAGUCUAGAGUUCUAAUGCUAUGUGUGAUUUCCUCUCCAUAUGCAUACUAUAAGGCCAGUGGAUCUUUAAGCCUGCUAGCCAAUAUACUGUGAUAUUCCCAGAUAGACGAUGGGCUGCUCAAAUUACUGCCUAAACCUUUUCAGAUAUCAACAUCGUGAAGGAUUCUCAAACCCUUGUCCAUUUAAUUGACAAGAUAAUCCUCCUAUGUCAUAAAAAUCCAAGUGUCUAUACCUAUCUACUCCCUCUAACUUUCAUUAAUUAUCACGAAGUGGUGUCUUCCGUAACAUUAACAAGGCAAAAACAAAACAAAACACUUUAACAUAAUUUCAUACUUUCAUUGUACCAUCAUCCCCUGCCCAGGGACUAGAAGCAACUAUUUAAAAGGAUCGCUGUACGGAAGAAGAAUGUAUACUUGUUGGAUGACCGAUGUGUUUGCAUUCCUCUGCAUGGUUGUAUUGGUCCUCACACAUUCUUGUCGGCAUAUACGUCCAGCCAGUCACAGUAGAGUACUAAGCAAACCACUUUAAAUAAUUAAAGUAAAGCUCACUAAAGAAACCUUGUGUGAGUCCUUUAGGCUGGUUAAGCAUGGUGGGAAGCUAACCAAUGUCUAGGGUGCCAAGGCAGUUCUUAUCAGCCUAAUUCUUAUUGCUGUGUUUCUGUCACUUGUAACAUGUACAUUAUAUAUGGUACAUUAUUGAGCUGUGUAUACUUUAUGAUAAUAUCAGUUUUCCUAAGAUUCCUUUCAGGAGAUUUCUCUCCUCAGUGACAUGCAAACAGGCAUGCAGAGACAUAGAUCAGAUGGACUGACAAGCAAUUGAAAUAAUUGACAUAUAGGCAAGUAUAUAGAAAACUAAACAGAUAUUGGAAUUGAAUAGAGACAGAUAGCCCAAUAUUUCCACCUAAAUAUGGUUAUUUUAAAUGAGUAGACAUACAGGAACAAUAGGUGAAGAGGACCCUGCCCAAACAAGAUGGAAAUGAGGGAAUCAAAUGACUUGGAUAUACCUGAAAGGUUUGGAGAGGUGUUUGCGAGACAACACCGGAAGGUUAUUAGGGAUACGUUUUUGUUCACAAAAAAUGCGUUUUUAAGGUUUUCUUUGACUGCAGAGACUAGUAGAGUUGAUUAUGGUGUAGGAGAGCAUUUCAAAAAGGAAGGAGUAAGUCUGGUAAAGUCCUGCAGGUGUUUGUCUGGGUUGCAAGAACAUAACAGUAACAGUUAAUUGGAGCGAAGAGGCCAGGUUGAAACAUAUCUGCUAAUGAGGGAGGAGGUAUAAGCAGAGGCACAGUGUCAGGAUUACUGUGGAUCCAGCACGCAGAAUAGUAUCACACCUAGGACUAAGGAUAAGGUCUAACCAGACCUUAGAGUGGCCGGACUUAACGUACCUGAGAAUAGUCAAAAUACUUGCCGAGGUCAGGGACACAGAAAGAGACACAACGAUGGAGAAAGCCAAAAGUCAAUGAUACCAGAAAUCAGGGAACUCAAAACGAAGCCAAAGUCAAAUACCAGAAAAACACGAUCAGGAACACACUCUCAGAUAACCAGCUAGUGGAAGCCAUGACAGGGCACUGAUGAAAGGGUGAUUUGGGUUUCAAUAACCCUCCUUAGGCUGUAAUUGGCUGUCUCUGUCCUCUGACCCCAAAACGUGCGUGCGCGUCUAUGACGUCGCACGCACGUUGGCGCCAUCUUUGAUGUGGGCGAAGGUACAUUUCUUAUAAAAGCCCUGAACCACAGUGGCCUGUGUUCCUAAGAACGUUGCACCCGCUGGGGACCGGAACAGAGGGAGACCGGGCAGCUGCCAGCCGGGGCCGAAGUAAGUCUGUAAUUUCUCUGUCGGCGUGGCUGCUUAGUUUGUGUGCAGCCAUGCUGGUAGAGGGACCGGGAGCCGUGACACACAGUUAUGGAAAACAAAAAGCGUGGGAACAAACAAAUGGAUAUGUAGAUAGGCACAAACAUACACAGGAUUCCCAGACAUAUGUACAAUUACUGGGGCAUGUUAGACAAUAAAUAGAUGACAAGGUAUAUCUGAUUUGAGAUACUUUAUUCUGUAAAGCUACAGUUACUAUUUGAUCACUUAAUAAAUUAAAAGAAAAAAACAUAUUAACACUUUGCUUUCUCUUGUCGAAAAAACAGUUUGUCACUUUUGCCAUCACGGCUUUUUCUCACUGUUUGUGUGUUUCUCAAAAUACACACUUCCAGAGCAUGCAAUACCUAAGAGGCAUUUUGCGAGACUCGGAUUAAAAUAGAAAGAUUUUGAUAAAUGCCUUGUGAUGUACAGUAUGAAGAUUAUUUGCUGUGACAAGUAACGAUUAACAGUGAUACGUGUGAGGACAGAGCGAGUGGGUUAUAGCACUCCUGGUAUAUGAGUACGUUCUAACCACAGGAAAAUAUUGGGACUUUUUCUAGGUUAAUGAGACUCCUAUAAUCAUAUAAACACGUUUUAAGUUCCUCUGGAAUAUUGCUAGUUAAUUAUUAACAAUGUCUGUUCUCUGAUUAGCAGGAAUUCUCAACCACUGAUACUCAAACUAUAAUUUAAACAGGGGAUGGCCCUGGUAGACAGGUAGACCUAUUGCUGAUUACAUGGAUACGCUUCUCUAUUUUCUACAUAUUGUAUAGAGGUGGAGAUAUCUAGGAUGUGAACAGAUCACUGCCUGCACACCGUCUGUAAUAGAACACAGGUCUAUUUGAUUUUUAUCUCCUUUCUCCUCAUCACUUAUAUUUAUAUAUGUAUGUCACAUUAAUUAUAUGUAAAGUCCUUCCCUGUACAUAGAUUGGUGAUUUUAUAUUAACAAAAACCCUUUAUGUAUACAUUCUGCUGAUUAAAAAAACAUUCAGUGGAUCCGCUUUGGAAUGCCAGCGUCUCAUUCGUUAUUUACCUUUCAGGAUUUUAAAGUGGAAAUGCAAUUUAACAUGAAACUUAGUUGAAUUUUAUUAAAACGGAACUGUAACUGUCUGGGCACUUAAAAGUUAAAAAGUAAAAGUUUCAAAGAUUCCUGGCGGUGACAUCACCGCUGGUGGUCCGGUGCUCAGGGAAAGGUGAGUUUAACUUACCUGAAUCUAUUUCUCGUGGGCGCUGAUAUCAUCUUCUGGCCGGUCCUCUUCUGCUCCUGACGCGUCUGUGCAAGAAUAAAGCAUUAAGAUCUAUGGAGGAUCCUGCAAGACCACAGUAUCCUCCAUAGAUACAGCCAAUUCCCUUUAGCCGUCACUGGUGACACUGCUAGACAUCGCUAACUCAUUCCAGUCUCUACUUUCUCUCAGUAUAUCUUGACUGGAUUGAGAUUUCAGUGAAAUUCCAACUUAGUCUAUAUGAGUAUUUCAGAUUAUUAUUAUUAUUUUAUUAUAUUAUGAAAUACUUAAUUUGCAGGUGGGGGGGAGGUGCUUUGACUGUCUUUAACAGAGGUGUGUAUGUGUUUAAUUUAAAAUAUAUAUCGUUUUCUUUGAAUAUACCUUCAAAAGCGAUAAUGACUCUGUUACCGUAAUAAUCUAUGAAACCAGGGGGCUGCACUCAACGGAACAUGCAUAAAUGGGGUGCUGCUGGGCCAAUUCGUACAAUACACAAGACACAGUGUACUCAUUACUUAUCCACUAAACAGCAACUUCAAAGCUCACAGAUUUUAUUCUUUUUAAAAAAAAAAAAACACCUAAUCUAGGCAAAAAUAAUGAGGGGUUAGUGACGGUAUAUUAUCGUAUAUUGCAUAAGCCACAACGUCAAUGUACCCCAUCUUUGGCAGGUCCUACACUAACAGCCUAAUGUCUGCUCUUAUGAGAUUAACCCAUUUAGUUGGGGAAAAAAAAAUUCCAUCUGGGGCUCUCUGCAGUGCAAGGUUAAAUAUAGCCCUGGAAUGAGGCACCUGUGACAGGGAGGGGUUCCAAAACCAAGGAGUUGGCCUUCCAAAUAUAUAUAUGAAACUAUGAAACUAGGGGGUGCACUCACCUUAAUAUGUGUGUGUGUAUAUAUAUAUAUAUAUAUAUAUAUUUUUUUUUUAAACUAAUAAAAUCUGUGAGCUUUGAAGUUGCUAUUUAGUAGUUAAGUUGUAUGCAUCUUCUGUACUGUAAUAAUCUAGUCUUUAAAAGGGCCUCUAAGCACCCUAUUUAUCUACAGUUUGUUUUGGUUGUUACAAUGCCAAUAGUCUGUGAGUGCUGUACCCUAGGUUUGUCAAACUAUUUUUAAGCAGGUUAUCAAGAACCAUGUCUCCUUCAGCAUUGACCCUCACCUGACACUUAGCAUUAACUCAUUGCACUGGAUGGCAAUGACUGUCUGAUGGGUAGGUUAUCAUUUACGUUACACUUCUAUAUUUUACAUCCAAAUCCAUUCAAAUUUGUAAGCCCUGUUAGCAGAUGAGCACAAUGCACAUAGCCUAUCAAUGCUGUCCAGAUUCUCUUAGUUCCAAAUCACAAAAUUUGAUUUCUUUAGUUUUUGUUCGUGAUUUUGCUAGCGUAAGAUCCAGGUUUAUGCCAUACUUGCAGAUCUCCUCACCCACACAUCCCGUCGAUGACAAGCCCACUUUAAAAGGGCACUCCUAACAAUAAUGAUCUAUUAAUGAUCUGCCUACCGCCUUCAGUACUGUUGUUCUGACCGCACAUUAAUUGUUUGCUUUAAUAAUAUAGUUCAAUACAAUGAUUCUGUGCAAAUAUUUAUUCAAUCUAAAGCAGUGUUUGGCCUUAAUCUCAGAUGUACAGGUGUCUUGCAUAUUUUAACAAAUAGUUCUUAAUGACAAAGUUCAUAUAGCGGUGAAAGCAAAAUGAUUGGCAGCCAGACAGGGCGUUGGUUAUUUUAAUCAAAUAUUGCGAUGAGGAAUACAGCACUGUAGAUUUCACGUCAGGAUAAUGUUAUUGAUUAAUAAAUUUAAUGACAGCUACUGUCGUAAUUAGUUAAAGAUAGCCAUUCUGCCUAUGGCUAUACACGAUGACAACUCUGGAAAACAAGUAGGAACAAAAAGCUUGCAUACUUAGCAUAGGACGGAAUAGCUACGGAGAGGAAUGUGACCAGGGCACAAUAUAUUUACCAAACACAGGAGCAAUUGUGCAUUUGACAGGUGACAUAAUACAAUGUGACAUUAACUUUUAUUGCCAUCAGCACAACUGCAGGUUGAUAUAAGAGUUCCAAAAAGUUUUAGACAGAUUUAAAAAAAAAAAACAGCGAAAUUUGCAUUCGUUACUUUUUUUUUUUUUGUUAACUCAAAGUUCAUUAGGAUUUUCAAAAUAACACAGGCAUUUGUCAUAGUAAGCUACCUGAAUCUGUAAACAGGACUUACUGUACAGAAGCAAACAAUGGCACCUUACAUUCACAUUUUCUCAGACACUAAAAAAGGGUGCCCCGUAGUCAAUUUCUAGUACCUCACCUCCUUAGUAUAACGGUGCCUCCACACUACUCCUCAAAAGGCCAGGAAAAUAAAGUCCAAAAAGGCUUCUAAGAUGUAUCAUUGAUCAUUUAUGAGGUCCACAAGGAUCUAGAGAUAUACAAAGGUCUAAAACUCGUUAUAUAUCUCGGAAUAAUCGUAAACAUUUUCUUUAUUUAAUUAAAGCAAAAGUAUAAAAGAUAUACAGUACACUGAAUAAAGAAAAAAAAACACAGAAUCACAACUACUGUCUUCCUCAUUCAUAUUAUAAGGAAUAUAUUUCCCCCAAUUGCCUGUUUAUAUAUAGCGAGGCUGUUACAUAUGAUUAUCUUUAAUGAAAGAUAAUAACCAACAUAUUUAAAUUCAACUUGUUUUUUUCUGCAAAAAAAAAAAAAAACAACACUAAAAAACCCACCCACUUACUAAUCAACUGUCACAAUUUAGAUAUGAACUGGAGAUAAUGUGGCAUAGAUGCACUGUUAAAAUCAGCGUAAAAGAAAGGUUAUAUUUUCAAUCGCAAAAGAAAGUUGACAUGUUUUUUUAUGAUGAUGAGAAGCUCAAUGAAUCUUUGAUCACUGAUAAAGGCAUGCUAAGGUGAAUUUUAAUUAUAACUAAAUUGUUGUAUUAGUGUUUCAUACUCUGAACAUCUGUUCCCUUCAAAAAUGAUGAUUUAUGCAGGCUAUCAGAGGAGACAGCUUGGUACAGCUUAUGUCAUGCUUAGUGGAAAGCUAGUGUGAGUAUUUGUGAAAAUGCCAAUAUCUGUUUGGAGAAUUAAAAGGUUACAUACAAAAAAAAGCAUCUUACAUUUUUAAUGAAUUUUAUUUUACAGACAGCGAAAUCUUAGCCAGUAAAAUCACGUGGACUAUGAACGGUCUGAAACUUCCUAAUGAUGAAAAAAGGGGCAAAACAAAACCGGUUAUGUCAAAACGCAUCAAGAACCUUGUAGGACAUGCCAGCGUGAGAAUUCUGGUGUUUGCCAAUGGAAGCGGGCACAAUGGACUGGAGACGGUUGCAAUGGUGGAUCAAAUGGAAAAGGUUUGUAGCAUGGGUACAUAGCACGUUUUGGUCUGUUUCUGAUUACAUGUUCACUUAUAUACAUGGACUGCAUUCACUAAAAUUGUCUUACAAUUGCUCUCCCUCCAACCUCCAGAGCAGUAUUAAAGCGGCAGUGUCACGCCGAACUUUCUUUUCCCCAAUCGAUUUUUCUUCUCUCCCUCUCUCGGUGUCAGUUUUUCUUUCCGUCCUGUCUGCUCUAGUUUUCUUUAAAACAUAAGACAAAGUCAUUGAGGGAUGAGGCAGAGAGCACUAUAGUGUCAGGAAUACAGCUGGCACUUCUGGCACUUAGAGUAUCCCUUUAAGUGGUUUAAGUUGUAGCACUAAUAUUAAAUUAUGGUGGCUGCUAUGGUGUGGGCAUGUCCAUAUGUAGUCAAAGGUGUGAAUUGCCAUUUUCAACAUUAUGGUCAUGUACACAUGCAUCGUCUGUGCUAAAAGCAGGCUUUAAUUAACAAUAUUAUUUAAAGUGGCACUGUAGGCACUAUAUAACCCUUUUAAUCGCAAUGAAUUAGUUAUAGUGCCUGGAAUCAUCUGGUGCCGUCCCUCCAUUCAAUGUUAGAGCAUUUUUGCUAAGUUUAGCACUGAAUCAGGGUUCCUGGCCACCGUCAGCCAAACCGUCAUGCAGAGCUACAUACUUCCUUGGUCAUACCAAUUCAUACCAGCAAUGGUUGGCUGUGUUAGACCGAAAGUGGUCCAUUGCUGUUCAGGCUAAUGGUUAAGCAGUACAGAGGGGAUGGGCUGCUGGUGACUUCUUCUUUAGCAUGAAGCUAUUAUUAUUUUAAUUUUAUUAUUUAUAUAGCGCCAUGAGAUUCCGUAGCGCUGUAAAAUGGGUGGACAAACAGACAUGUAAUUGUAACCAGACAACUGGACGUACAGGAACAGAGAGGUGGAGGGCCCUGCUCAAUAAGCUUACAUUCUAGAGGGAGUGGGGUAUAGUGACACAAAGGGUAAAAGUAGGGGUACAAAGUAGGUUGUUAGAAAAGUAUUCACUGAGGGCUUAGUAGGUAAUUUUUGACAGUUGCAGGAGAGGAGUCAUGGAGGGUGGGGGAUAAAAAUCCGCUAACAGUUUAAUUGAUAUGCUUUCAAAGAUUUUUUUGAAUGAGUGGAGACUGGGUGAAAUUCUUACGGAGAAGGGAAGGGAGUUCCACAAAAGAGGUGCAGCCCUGGAAAAGUCUUGGAGUCGAGCAUUAGAAGUGGGAGUACGGACAGAGUAUAUACGUAGGUCUUUGGCAGAGCGUAGGGGCCUUGACGGGACAUACUUAUGUAUUAGGGAGGAUAGGUAGGUUGGAGCAGCAUUAUGUAGGCUGCACCGUUCCUGUGGAACUCGCUUCCCUCCUCCGUUAGAUGCACACCCAGUCUCCACUCCUUUAAAAAAUCAUUAAAAACCCACUUCAUCUUAAAAGCGUAUCAAUUCAACUGUUAAUAGCUCCUGACUGAUUCCUCUUCUGCAACUGUCACUAGUCUAAAACUAUCCUUACCUUUUUGUGUCAUUUUACCCCACUCCCUCUAGUAUGUAAGCUCAUUGAGCAGGGCCCUUAACCCCUCUGUUCCUGUGUGUCCAACUUGUCUGGCUACAACUACAUGUCUGUUCGUCCACCCAUUGUAAAGCGCUGCGGAAUUUGAUGGCGCUAUAUAAAUACCAUAAUAAUAAUAAUAAUGUAGGGACUUGUAAGCAAGCACCAGAAUUUUAAAUCGAGCCCUAUAUCUAAUUUGAAGCCAGUGCAGGGACUGACAGGACGGGGAGGUGUGGGAAGUGCGAGCGAACAGGAAAAUGAGCGUUGCCGCCGCAUUCAUUAUGGAUUGCAACGGUGCAAUCUGCGAACACGUAAGACCAUUGAGAAGAGUAUUGCAGUAGUGCAGGCGAGAGAGAACGAGCAUGGAACAGCACCUUAGCCGCAUCUGGGGUUAAAUAGGGGUGGAUGCGCACUAUGUUUUUGAAAUGGAAGCGACAGGAUUUGGCGAUUGAUUGGACAUGAGGGGUGAAGGAGAGGUUGGAAUCAAAAAGAACACCCAGGUAGCGAGCCUGCGAGGUAGAGGUGAUGGUAGCACCAUUGACAUGGAGGGAGACAGACACGGGAGUAGUAACACUUGAGGGAGGAAAGACCAGAAGUUCUGUUUUGGACAGGUUGAGUUUAAGGAAGUGAGCAGCCAUCCAUUUGGAAAUCGAAGAGAGGCAGUCAGAGACACGAGUCAAGAUGGGCGGAGAGAGAUCAGGAGAGGACAGGUAGAUUUGUGUGUCAUCCGCAUAGAAGUGGUAACGGAAGCCGAAGCAGCUGAUGAGUUUACCAAGGGAGGCAGUGUAGCUAGAGAACAGUAGGGGACCGAGGACAGAACCUUGAGGGAUGCCGACAGAGAGUGGUUGGGGGGAAGAGGCAGAGUCAGAGAAAGAAACACUGAAAGAGCGCUGGGAGAGGUAGGAGGAGCACCAGGAGAGAGCAGUAUCCCGUAGACCAAAAUUACGGAGAAUGUGAAGAAGCUGUUGAUGAUCAACAGUGUCAAAGGCAGCAGAAAGAUCAAGGAGAGUUAGGAUAGAGUAAUGGCUACGAGAUUUAGCAACAAUUAAAUCACUGGAUACUUUGGUCACAGCCGUUUCGACAGGAUGACCAGCGCGGAAUCCAGACUGAAGGGGGUCAAGCAGAGAGUUGGUUUCGAGAAAGUCAGUCAGUCUCGUGUACACAACUCUCGAGGAUCUUGGAGGCAAAUGGCAGUAGCAAUGUAGAGCGGUAGUUGGAUGGGGAGUUGGGGUCAAGGCUGGGCUUUUUCAGAAUCUGGGUUACAGUUGCAUGUUUGAAGGGUGAGGAAAAUUUGCCAGAGGAAAGGGAGAGAUUGAAAAUUUUAGUGAGAGGAAGAGCAAGAGAGGGAGACAAAGUGCGGAUGAGAUAUGAAGGAAUAGGAUCGAGAGAACAGGUGGUGGGGCGGGAGGAUCGGAGCAGAGCAGAAACUUCUUCUGUUGUAGCAGGUGCGAAUGAGUGUAGAAUGGUGGAGGGAAUGGGGUUGGGUGAUGUAUUGGUAGGGGAAGGAGAUAAAUUAGCGAUCUCUUCUCUGAUUGUAGAGAUCUUUUCAGUGAAGUCAGAUGCAAUGUUUGUGGCGGACAAGGUGGUAGAAGGAGGGGGAGUAAAAGGGCAGAAAAGAGCAUUUAAAAGUGUGAAAUAGGUGUUUUGGUUGAUGGGAUAGUGUACUUAUGAGGGUGUUAAAGUAAUUUACUUUUGCAGCGGAAAGAGCCAGGCUGUAGGAGCGCAGCAUACAUUUAUAUUGGAGGAAGUCAGAUGCAAAGUUAGACUUUUUCCAGCAGCGUUCAGCAGUUCUACCACAUUUUUGGAGGUAACAGGUCAGCUUGGUGUGCCAGGGUAGUAAUUGGGGGCGCUUGCUGCAUUUAAUUGUAGGAGGUGCCAUGAUGUCUAGUUGAGAGGAGAGAGUUGAGUUGUAGAGUGAGGUUGCAGAGUUAGGGCAAGUUAGAUUUGAGAUGGGUAAAAGGAGAGUUUUGAGUUUGGUGGAGAAAUGCUGGAGAUCAAGGCAGUUGAGGUUUCUGCGAGAUUAGUUCAGAGGGGGACAGCCAGGUCUCAGUGAGUGCCAGUAUUGUGAGUAAGUUAGAGAUAACUAUGUAUGUAUUGAUAAGCACAUACACACACACACACACAUAUUUAUAUAUAUAUACAGAUAUACACAAACACAUACACACAUAUAGUAAAGAACAAGUAAAGAACAAGCACGCCCAGGUAUGUUACAAUGACAAAGAAAAUGUGGUUAAAUAUACAUUGUGUAAAAAAUACACAAGUAGUUGGUUUUAGCACAGAACAAAAGGAUAAGACUCCACAUACUAUAAUGACUUCUGUGAGAUGAAGCCGUUACAGCGCUAACCUAUACACGCAGGUCUUUCAGUGCAUAGAUUCCGCUAACUUACUAAUCCAGACGUGGAUCAUAUUAACCAAGCUUUUAUAAGUGACAGGUUAAUGUUAAAGCUUUAAUGUUCAGCAAAACACAUACCACAUUCCAAACUGGAUACAAAUCUUGGUAACUACAGCUUCAAGCGUCGGUUUAUUCAGUAUAUUAUUAUUAUUAUUAUUAUUAUUAUUGCCAUUUAUAUAGCGCCAACAGAUUCCGUAGCACUUUACAAUAUUUUGAGAGGGGGGAUGUAACAAUAAAUAGGACAAUUACAAGAAAACUUACAGGAACAAUAGGUUGAAGAGGACCCUGCUCAAACGAGCUUACAGACUAUAGGAGGUGGGGUAUUUGAAACAUUAGGACAAGAAAUAUCAAGUAGGAGUGAAGCAGAGCUGGAGGAGAGAGCAAAGCACUGUCCCAUAGGAGAGAGCAGGAGACAGGUAUGUAAGGUAGAGAUUACUCUGGGAGGCCAUAAGCUUUCCUGAAGAGAUGGGUUUUAAGGCCCUUCUUAAAUGAUUGAAGACUAGGGGAGAGUCUGAUGGCAGUAGGCAAGCUAUUCCAUAGGAGAGGAGCCGCCUGCGAGAGGUCCUGCAAGCGUGAGUUGGCCGUACGGGUGCGAGCAGCGGUCAGGAGGUGGUCACGGGCAGAGCGGAGGGUACGAGAAGGGGCAUAUCUAUGGAUCAGUGAAGAGAUAUAAGUGGGGCUAGAAUUGUUCAGUGCUUUAAAUGUAUGGGUUAGCACUUUGAAUUGACUCCUAUAGCAUACAGGGAGCCAAUGUAAGGACUGGCAGAGUGGUGAGGUGUGAGAGGACCGACUAGAGAGGAAAAUCAGUCUAGCUGCAGCAUUCAUUACAGACUGUAGCGGGGCAAUACGGCUUUUGGGGAGACCAAUCAGGAGAGGGUUACAGUAAUCCAUGCGGGAAAUUACUAGAGCAUGGACAAGCUCCUUGGUAGCAUCUUGCUUAAGAAAGGGGCGAAUGCGGGCUAUGUUUUUGAGUUGGAGCCUACAGGACUUGGCAACAAACUGGAUGUGAGACUCAAAGGUGAGACCAGAGUCAAAUAUGACGCCAAGACAGCGCGCUUGCAGGGAUGGACUUAUGUGGAUAUCACUGACUUGAAGGGAGAGCGAGAGAGGAGGAUCAGUAUUAGGAGGAGGAAAGACAAGGAGUUCAGUUUUAGAGAGGUUAAGUUUCAGAAAGCGUGAGGACAUCCAGUCAGAGAUGGAAGAAAGGCAAGCAGUGACACGUUGCAGGACGGCAGGGGAGAGGUCUGGGGAGGAGAGGUAUAUCUGAGUUUUAUCAGCGUACAGGUGGUAGUGGAAUCCAAAAGAGGCAAUAAGUAUACCAAGAGAGGCAGUAUAAAGAGUAAAUAGAAGGGGACCAAGGACAGACCCUUGGGGAACUCCAACCGAGACAGGACGAGGGGAGGAGGUAUCCUUGGAAAAAAAGGAGACACUGAAUGAGCGUUGGGAGAGAUAGGAGGAAAACCAAGAGAGGACAGAGUCAUAUAUACACCGAACAGCGGUGAACUGUUAACUGAAUUGCUCCAUGUUAAAUAAUGCUAAUUUUUGAAUCAUUUCUCACCUCUUCUAUAGUCACAACUUCGGUCUUUUGGUUUAAAUUUUGCUAUUUGUUUUUUUAGUUUGUUACAACUCUGUGUUUUGUGAAUAAACCCUACUGGGAGGAAUCAUCAUUAUUUCCCUGAAGCACUCACAAUUCAUCUUCGGUCCUCUUGUUGACUACAGUUCCCAUGAUGCACAACCAAUUGUGGCCAAUUGGCCAAUAUAACGCACACGAUUAGUAAAAAGUGCGGCGUGGUGAUGGUAAUAUAUUUCAUUUGCUAGAUUUUUUAAUUCUGUAAUGGUGGCAAGCAGUUUGUCUUUAUUAAAUUUACAUCUUUAACAUGGCAUAGCUGAGCGGCUGAACGUCACACUCAGAACCCAGAGGCAAUGACAGCCACAAAACUGACAUUAAGUCUGGGGAGAAAUAGUUUUCUAGUUAUUUCAGUAAUUUACUGUCACCGUGUCGUUAGGAAUGCAAUGUCAACGAAUACGUGCCACAAAUGUUUUCUAGUAUAAUAGAUAACAUGAUGUAUUUCUUACAUUUUUGUACCUGUCAUCUGUUGUUAAUCAUUAGAACAAAUACCAUGAUAGGACUAUACAAUAUACAUAAUGCUUAUAGCAUAUAAAGCCUAUAUAUCUGUUAUACUGCAUGCCAUCUGUAACAAGAAAAAUAUUCCCACACUCCAAAUAUAAACUAUAUGUACUGUAUACUAAAUACCACAAAGAAGGUGAAAUGUGGCAGUCCAUGGCUGUUAUUGGUCUAAUCGGAUUGAAUCCAUUACUUAAAAGAAAAGCCAGUUUUCUUAAAAAGAAGGUCAUUGUAAAGACAGCCAUUCGAAAUGUGGAUUUUUAUCAUUAAAAAGGUUAAUGAUGUCUGUGCUCUUGGGCGUUUAAUAAAAUCUAACAGGGUUGCAGUGUGCAUGAUACAGUUUCUCUAAAAUUUCUGAAGAUGUAGUACAUAGGUAGAUGCUGUAAAACACCAGAAGGGAUUUCUACAUUCAGGCCAAAAUAGCCAUUUUAGUAAAAUAUCUUCAAGCAAAGUAGUUAGUCUAGUUUGGCCUUAUACAGUAUAUGAAAUUCACCUUGAAUUCCUAACAGUUCUCAUGAAAUCUAAUGCCAUCCAUCGCCUCCCCAACCAUCAGUUCAUUUUGCUUCAUCAUUCUUAAAGAAAGGUGCUUUAACUGACUACACUUAGUUCAGAAUUUCUGUGUCAGCAUCCCAGGAACACCAAAGCUGUUGCAAGUUACAUGGGGGGCGACGGGUGGCCUUAGUACUGAUUAUUAGGUCCUUAGGUGUUUCUUUUAUUUCGUCCAUCUUUCUUUAUAUCUAUAGAGAGAGAGCGCGUGUUGGCACACUCUUUCGAUAUAUAUAUAUAUAGUAAUUUAAUGAUGUUGCGUACAGAUAGCACUUGUUUAGUGUAUAACCCAUCUAUGGUUACACAGAACUCAGUGUGUAGGAGUACUUGUCUAUUCUACUUUAUUGCUUCACUGAAUAAAUGAAAAUGGAAGAGCUGUAUCUAAGGAGAUAUAUCUAUAUCCAACACAUCAUUCGGAGAUUUCGGAGAUGCUAUGAAAUACUAAACGUGGUACACAAAUAUAAUACAAUAUCACUACGCUAUUCUACACUGAUUGAUUUGUGCACUACGUUGAUUGAUUAUAUUACGUGAUUCAUUUACAAAGAGUGUUCCCCUGCUUUGUGUGUUUGAUUGACAUUGUGCUAUUAGUUAUAAUGAAUACAUAGGAGUUUACAUACUGUGUGUGUAACUGUAAGUCUGUUAGAACUUUGUCUGUCUGUCUGUCUGCCAAUAAACUAAGUUUGCAACCAAGAUGACACUCUAGGCCCAAGUCCUCUAACCCAGACACAUAGGGGAGCUCCCCACCACCCUCCCCAUUAUGAGACCCCCAGAUCCAGCUCCGCUUUGUAGGGGCUCUAGAGGCCGUCUACAAAGGAGGAGCGUUGGACAGAACCUUUAGUGCUAGGAGUGCUUACAAUACAUAGGGUGAUGUGGCACUUUAAUAGCUGGUCUUGGAUCAUCAGCAUCCCAGCAGGGGCUCUGUGAAAGAGGGAUCUGUACUCCCUCACAAUAGCUUUAAAAUAAAGGAUGUUUUGUUGUUGUUGUAUCAUGCAAGCACCAAUACAUUUGACUACUGAGCACCUACAUUGUGAAGCUUGUAGAUUUUACUUUGUUUUAACGUGCUUAUUUUUACUGAUCUGAUAUAUCCGGUAUAUGUUAGUUUUAGAUCCGAUACAAGAAGACUCAUGUAUUGAUGUUCAGCUAUCUAUUAUUGAAAGACUCAUUGUUUUAAAAAGCUAUUCUCCCAUCAGACUGAUGUGCACUCUUAUUACUAAACAGUUUACGGAUCAAUGACAUAAUGAUAUCUCCUAACAAACCAGCCUUUAAGGAAACACUCUGGGCACCACAACAACUUCAGCGAAAUUAAGUUGAUAUGGUGCCAGUAGGUCCGUGGCACUGGCUCACCUUAUGGGGUUAAACUGUUCUCGAAAAUACUUAAUGAGACAAGAUGACAUUUCCUCUUCUACAAUGACAUUUCAGAACUCUGCAAUGUUACUCUGAGGAAUGAACCCUUGAUUGAAAAUUAAAAUUGUGUUAAUUUCUAUUAUUCAUUUCUUAAUGUAUGCCUGAACAUCCAUUUUUAAAUGAACAGGCAAUCCUAUAUAAACCAUAUUGUUUUCAGACAGAAAAUUACUUACAAAUAGUAAAAAAGAGCUAUGGAAUCUGUAAAUAGGAAAAAUAAAAAGAUUGCAUUAUAACUUUUUUUUUUUUUUUUUACUUGAUUCUUUGUUCAGCUCCUCGAUUUUUCUUUCUUUAACUGACCUCUGUCACUGUGUUUAUAUCUCUUUCAUUAACCAGAGAUGUUUGCAUAUCACCUCCACCACGUACAUAGCUGAUUCUGUGCCAUUUAUUUCAGUUUUUAGAUUUAUGUACUUCAAAACUGAACCUUGGGUCUUCUGCAAAAGGGAUCUUCGACUGUAAUGGAGAGAAAAUUGAAGAUCUAAAAAACAGUAAGGAACUGAUUUAUUUUUGUAUGUCAUGCAUCAAACGUUCAAUAAGACACAAGGCUGGAGAGGAUUACUAAACCCUUUAAACACUCUUUACUUGAACCAGAUCUUGGGCCACCUACAAAUAAAAAUGUCUUCAGUACUAAAAAAUACAUUAAUCCCCCCAAAAUACUUAUUAACUUUAAAAGGCCGUGCUUUUUUUUUUCUACCAACGGAUUUAGUCUAAUGACACUGAUAUUGCCAUCAGUUACCAUGUCCUGUUUUAUUCUUGUGGGAUAACUAGAGGUGCAUCUGUGACGCUGGAGAAAUAUUAUGCCUCCAUCGCGCAGAUCGUCCAUAGGAAAGCAUUGAGAUAUGGUUUCCUAUGGACACUUUGAAUGUGCGCGCGACACUUGCUGCGCAUGCGCAUUCGGAUCCGCUGACGUCGGACGGGGGAGCUGACGUCGGCGGGGGAGGAGAGGUCACCAGCACCAAGGGAGCCCGGCGCUGGAAUAAGGUAAGUGGCUGAAGGGUUUUUAACCCCUUCAGCGCAACGGGAGGGAGGCCCUGAGGGUGGGGGCACCCUCAGGGCACUAUAGUGUCAGGAAAACCGCUAUGAUUUCCUGACACUAUAGUGAUCCUUUAAUUGCAAAUGAACGGGCAGGACAUAUACAACAACUAUUCCCCAGUCCUGUAGAAGGGUAAAACCUAUGGUCUUGGCAUGAUGGCGGUGAUGAUACAUUAACAUUUAUUUUCUAAUAAUGUUAUGAAAGAUCAAGUUUUGGAAUACAAACAUGUAUUCCUGACCCUAUAGUGCUAAACCCACCAUAUAGGUGGCUUGCCUUCCCCUCUCCCCCCCCUUAACCUCCCUAUAAAAGUAUAAAACUCACCUUAUUUCCAGACUCCACCCCCUUUGUGACAUCAUUGAAAUGGCUGAUUUUUAGCCAAUGAGCCACUGGCUUGGCAAAAAUCGUCAUGGGGACGGGCCAAAUGCUGUCUUGGCCAAUCAGGACCUCCUCAUAGAGAUGCGUUGAAUCAGUGCAUCUCUAUGAGGAAAAUUCAGCGUCUCCAUGCAGAGGGUGGGGACACCGAACGGCAGGGCUGAGCCAGGAAGUAUCUCCAUUGGCCAUCUGAGGAGUGACCAUUUGGAGGUGUCCCUAGGGGCAAUGUAAACAUUGCCUUUUUUCUGAAAAGGCAGUGUUUACAUGAAAAUGCCUGAAGUGAGCUAUUAUACUCACCAGAACAAAUACAUUAAGCUGUAGUUGUUCUGGUGACUAUAGUGUCUCUUUAACAUCAAAAUAUCCACUUUAAAAAAGUGUGUUAUAGUGACGCUACAAUGUUGCUACACAGGAAAUAGUGCAACAGUUCUGUUUAUUUUAACAAGAACCAUUAAAUAGAGAGUUACACUGCUUUAUCUAUAGUUAAUAGUGUGAGGUACAGUAAAGUAUCUUACAGUAGGACUAGGGAUACGAAUAAUUAGUGGCACUUACGUUUAUGUUGCUGAGUAAUUUUAUCCCCCCAUAUCUGGUCUUUCUACCCCUAAGUCCCCCCUAGUGUCAUAUUCCGUCUAACCCUGAAAACUCAGGUUGUUUUGUGUGUAUUUUUCUUAGAUAAUUAUCCUACAGCAUUUUAAAACUGCUAGUAUAUCUCUUGUAAUUAUUUCAUACAUUUUAUAUGUGUAUAGUAAAUGUUUUACGCUACCACCAAAUGUUACACAUUCCCCUCUCCACCCUCACCCACUCCUCCUCCCUGCCUAUCUACCGAAAAGCCCGAUGCUUGAUUCUCAAAUACUUUUCAUGUCACUCCUUCACCAGAUUCAUCCCUGCGCCUUGAUUUUCCUCAGAAACCAAGUCCAAGGUUUUGCUAUCAUUCAUGAGGGUCCCUGGUCCCUCACUACUGCUUGGGCUAAUGCUUCCAUAUUAGACAGACCAGGGAUGGGUAGUAGUGAUAGGCUGACAGCAUCGAUUAGGUGCUGACUAGCCCUGCUAACACCUCCUUCCCAACUCUUUGGCCUUGUAAUGUUCCUCUUAUUAUUUAUUCCUGGGCUUUUUUAGUCUGUUGAUGGCUUCUGGAUGCCCCCCCCCCACCCCCCCUUCCCCUCUCUCUCUACUGCCUGCCAUCCCAUCUGGCAAUGCUCUCUCUAUUUACUGUCCAGGCCACGGACUGGGGUAGAAUGUUUUAUUCAAAAAAUGACAACCGUGGUCAACUUAGCUUGAUUUUCCUAGCAUUUUACUUUUAAACUGUUCUAUUUUGACGCUGUGAUUUUAUUUCUAUUUGUAUGUGUAAUUCCUUUUGACGUUUUCUUAAUUGUGUCCUGUAUGAGAGAUUUUACUAUUUGGCUGCAAGCACCAAGAUGAAUUGUUAAUGUGAGACUCACCUAAGAGGUUUUGCCUUGAUGUGGCAGGUGAGCUUACACUUUAAUGGCCAUUGAAGUUAUACUAAAAAACCUCCAGUUAUUUAAAUAUUCAUAGGGAUUUGGGAUAGUGCGCAAGUAACUCUAUUCUUUGUUAUUUAUUGUAUAUAUUGGGGCUCAUGUAUAUUUAUUCAUUGCUGCCGCCCUGGAGUAGUGGGAGUUUGAGUGCAGGACUUUUAUUUUGUAUGUUUGUGUCUUGUAUUUUACUGAUAUUGUGACUGCAUGUUUUUCUUUACCUGCCUCAUUAUACUCCCUCCUUUCACCAAUACAAUUAAUUUAAAGGAAACAUUUUUGAGAAUGGUUUAACUCUGAACUAUGGGGCAGAGGCAGGCACCCUAACCAUUUUAACAAGAUGAAGUCAGUAUGGUGCUUUAAAUGUUUAGUGCAGGAGAAUUCCUUAACUCAUCAUUGGAGAGUACCCGAACAGUUCUUUCACUGAAUAAAGCACUAAGCACGUGCACACAUUCGCAGUGGAAGAUAGAUUGUUUUUACGAGAUGGGUAUAUAAUGGUCUAAAAACGCUCAGCAGUCUCGAAUGUUUUCAAAGAUAAUUUACUUAGGUAACAGUUAUGUUGUGUAAUUAGCCGUGCAAUAUAGGUAUUAUGUACAUGUACAUUAUGGUGACAGACUUGUACAACAGUUUUAAAACAUUGCCACAGCACUACAUUUGAUGUGCAUGACCCUAAGAUACAGAAUUUCAUCUGGAUCAUCAGCUGAGCGGAUAAUGCAUUUGAUCAUUGUAUAAUGAAUAUGUGUGUUCCACAGUUGUAAUUGCAGCAAGAUAAUUAUAUUGAAUAUUCUUUUACUGUGAUGUUGAAAGUCAAUAUACUUUCUCAUAGUGAAACAUUCUCAAAUCAAUAUCCCAUAAGCUCCCCCUUUUUAGCUAUUGUACAGCACUGUCAAGCUUUCAGUAAAAUAAAUGUGUUUUUUUGACAAGCACCCAGAAUGCUAACUUAAGAUAAUCUCCUCUUAAUAAGGUCGACAAAUCUGCUGUACAGCACAGAUCUACAGCAUAUCAUAUUUCCUGUACAGCCGGAGGUUUUAACUAGCAACAAUCAUUAACAACAGAGACUUUAUAAUCUUAUAAUUUCACCAUAGGUGGCAGUUGCGCUACACAUCUCAAUGGACAUUUCAUUUUAUUGAAGUGGUUAUAGUGCCUGGAGUCCCCUGGCACUGUCCCUCCAUUCAGUGUUAAACCUCUUUCAAUCAGUUUAAAAAUUAAUGAUGGUCCCCGGCUUCAAAUAACCCCGCUGUAACUGGAGGUGUUGCUAAUGCAGAUAUUAUUUCUUUUUAGCCAUAUGGCUUCUUAGCUGCAAUAGCACGGGAUAGGAUGAAUAUGUUCAGCUUAAACUCUAGCCAAUCACAGCCACCCAUUUCUGCUCAGGCUAAUGCUUCCUCAUUAGAUCAAUCAGCACAGGGGGGAUGGGGCUGCUGUGCACUCUUGUUUAACAUGAAGCAGUUAUAGUGCCUACAGUGUCACUUUAAUUAAGUGUGUGUGUGAGAGAUGGACUGCUUUACCUCAUAAGUGGCUUGUUUAGCAUUAAAAUAUUAAAAACAGUGUAAUGGAAGGACUGCGCUAGAGGACUUCAGACACUAUAACCACUUCAAUGAGAUGAAGCUGUUCUAGUGCCUACUGUGUACCUUUUGUUAUAGAUUUGUUGUGAAUUAUUAAAUUAGUGGUAGGAGGUGCUAGGAGUCUGGUUGUGUAGUGCUUGAAACAGUUCUUGAAACACUGCACAUUCAGAGUUAUUUGCACUUGUUUGCUGGAGGCUUUUUACACCCUCGGCACAUUCUACGGACUGCCUAAUGUCAAUUCUCCGGACUGCCUAAUGUCAAAUCUACUACCCGCCUAAUGUCAAUUCUGCGGACUGCCUAAUGUCAAUCCUGCAGACUGCCUAAUGUCAAUUCUCCGGACUGCAUAAUGUCAAAUCUACUACCCGCUUAAUGUCAAUUCUGCGGACUGCCUAAUGUCAAUUCUACGGACUGCCUAAUGUCAAUCCUGCAGACUGCCUAAUGUCAAUUCUACGGACUGCCUAAAGUCAAUUCUACAGACUGCCUAACGUCAAUUCUGCGGACUGCCUAACGUCAAUUCUGCGGACUGCCUAAGGUCGGUUCUGCGGACUGCCUAAGGUCGGUUCUGCGGACUCCCUGACGUCGGUUCUGCGGACUGCCUAACGUCGGUUCUGCGGACUGCCUAACGUCAGUUCUGAGGACUGCCUAGUGUCAGUUCUGCGCAUUGCCUAAUGUCAAUUCUGUGCAAAUUUUAAAUCUGUCCUCAAAUAAACGUCUCCCUUGCUGGCUGAGCGCCAGCAUUGGGAAGAUUAUUUCCCCCUCCCUCCCGCUGUGCGCUCCCUCGUGCGAUCCGUCCGCUUCCUUCUGUUGUUUGUAUUUUUGUAUGAUUUUUGGGGUUUUAUUGGAAUCCACUCUCUUCCUCCCAAAAGGUCAGCUCAGAUUGUGUGCAUGAUUUGUUCUAUUGCAUGUUAUUUUAAAAUCUAUCAAUAUAAACUAUAUUUGAAAAAAAACUGCAAUUAUAUUGAUCAAUUAACAUUUAUAAAAAAAUUGUUUUCAACUUAAAAAUACACUAGUGACUUUAUCUUAUGGUGUCUGGAGGUCCUAGAUUCCAUGUUACAUUAUAGGAUUCAACUGUUUCAAACUGCGUAACCUUAAAGUGCUGUUCAUGGUAUCUUUCCUCUCAGCUUUGUACCUUUCCUUCUGGUACCAGGUUCAAGGGUGAGCUAAUGUUUUCAGCCUAUCACUGUCCAGCCAUUUUGAGAAAUACUUUAGAAAGGUGUGUACCAUGCCACUUGAAAUAGUAAAACUACCUGAUUAACUAGCUUCCAUAACCUAUUAGCCACGGUUUUCAUGAAUGAAACACCAUCUAUCAUGGUAACAGUUUAUUGCGUGUGUAUGCUCUUAGAAACAUUUUCAUUAUCAUAAGAAUACAUAAUAGGUGUGUCAGACUUCCCAGGUACACCAUGAUGCCAGAGUAAAUUUUCCAUAUUUCAUCCAAUUAAGUCCUUACCUCUGCUUAUGCCCCCAUUAAAAAAAAUACUAAUUGCUUUGUUAAAAUUUCAAGCUACAUAUUUAGAGUUAUGACAAGGUGAGGUGGAAAAAAUUCCCAAAUAUAGGCAAUUCUGGAGAGAGGUAAUAGAAUAUGCAGAGACAGUUUAGCACAUGUUUGAAUAGCCCUCCAUAAUCGCUAAAUGUGUCCACAGGACAAGAGACCGUGAUACAGGUCUGUCUCCUAUCACUUGCAUUUCAAACAAAUAAAUAAGGAUCUCAAUUUGAAACAAUAUUGUUGAUCUAGAGCUACGUAAGCGAGAUGAUAAAGCUUAAAAUGCAUAUCUUGUUAUUUGGACAAUGCAGCCAGCAGUUUUAGAGUUGAGGACCAUGCUGCUAUUAGACUGUUAAGUAUAAAGUCAGAGAAAUGGGUAAACCACCUGCCAGGACACAAUAUCUAAAGGGUUAAAAUCUAAGUGAGGUUUGAUGUUCGCAUGGAGUGUGAUCAAUAGUGUUUAGUUGGAAUAUUAGUAAAAUGAGAUGAGGAUGGUUGUCCUUGAGAGCCUUACAUGGAAGCAAGGAAUGAAUUUAAACAAUCAUUGGUCUACUGAAUCCCUCCCCUUACCACUGUGUUGGCUAAUCUUUGUGUAAGAAAGGCAUAAAGGGUGAAAACUGCCAUUGAAGACCAGUGCAUAGACUAAACUAUUUCCAGGCCUUAAUCGUGGGUUCGAGGAGAAGGUUAAAUUUGAUGUGGGACCUACAUAAGGUGUGUGGAGUAAUUGAGAAAGAUGAAUAGGUUAAGAGGGUUUUAUUUUUCCAUGUGACUUAGUGCGUACCCGUCCUCACCAGUAAUCUAGUCCACAGCAUGGACCACACCAUUUGUUUAAAAAUGCAUAGGGAUUAAGGAGAGAGCGCAGGUAACUUGUUUUUCUUUGGUUUUUACUAUAUAUUGGGGCUGAUGUGUACUGUAGUCAUUGCUGCCGCCCAGUGAUGGGAGUGAGCGCAGGACUUAUCUUUCUGCAUUUUAAUCCAUUUUUUGUAUCACUCAACCUUGUUACAAUGCAGCCACCCACCCCAUGUGUUCCCUAUUAAGGGUUAAUAAUAUAUAGAGGUGUAUAUAAAAUUACCCCUUUCUGUCUCAUUAGAGAUUUUUGCCAGAGGCUCGAUGAAGCAAGGUGAAUGGUUAGUUAGGACCCACCUGGUGGGGUCUGCCUUGACGUUGGCAGGUGGGCUCAUUCUCUCAUGGCCAUUGGAGGUAACUAAAAAACCUCCAUUUGUUUAAAAAUACAUAGGGAUUAAGGAGAGAGCGCAGGUAACUUGUUUUUUUUUGGUUUUUACUAUAUAUUGGGGCUGACAUGUACUGUAGUCAUUGCUGCCGCCCAGUGAUGGGAGUGAGCGCAAGAUACUGAUACAUUUGAAGAUAUUUAAAGAGUAUAGCACAGAUCAUUUUUUUGCAAUAGGCUUGUCUCUGUCUUGAUAUGCCCAAAUAACUGAAGGACUUUCAUUGUUAUUCCAAGUUAAAUUAUUUUGGCCUAAAAUUUAAAACUCACUUUGAAUUCCCAACAAUUCACACGUUCGUAACUGCCACUGAUCGUGUUUGUCCUUAUACAUCAAAAAACGACAGGACCAGGCACGCCAAAUCGAUGUACCUUGUAAUGUCACCAACUGUAUCCAUCCACUGUGCAAAAUAGGUGGGUUAUUUAUAAAUAAUUUAUUACUAUAACCACAAUCAUUCAUUAAAUAUAACACUAUAUGAUUUUCCUUUUAACAGCAAAAUUCCAGAUAUGAAUAAAAAAUAUAUGUCUUGGAAUAUCAAUUUGGAUAUAUAUAUAUAUUGUGUGUAAAUAGCAAAUGAAGCAAUAUGCUUUAUAAUGUAAAUCUGUUUUUUUGUGCAUUAAUGUGUAUUUUUGAUUUUGUGAACGUUUUUAUUAUUCAUCUUAGAAAAUAUAUGGCGUAAAUUCCACUAAUACUAAUUUUCAAUAAAUUUAGAAUACAGUAUUGAAAUGUAAUAUUCUUAUUCGAUUUGAAGUGCUAAAAAAAAAAUGAAAGCUUGAAGAUAGUAAAAAUCGAGUCUUUGUCCACUCCUCCGUCUCGUCUAGUGAUCUAACUCAAGGUGAUAUAAUUAUUAUUUAAUUGCUUUAAAAAAGAAUUUACAAUGUAAUAUAAACAAUGCGUAAAUCUGAAAUGAAAACUACAGUUUUCUGAAGUUCAAAUGAAUUCCUAUUACACACCCAUGCACAUGUUUUUUGUAGAAAUAAUAUACAUUUCUCAAGUCUUAUGUUCACUGAUAAUCGGGCAUUUGAAUUUUUUUUGCAUAAGUAAACCGUUAAUCGCAUGUGUAAGUGAACCAUUAAUAACAGCAAAUUAACUGAGUAAUUAUACUUUAAGGUACAUUGUUAAACAUCUUUUUAUUUUUCUAUACUAUGAAAUUAACUUCUAGUUCUGGUCCUAUGUUUAGGUUAUAUUUGGGUGUGAUGCAUUUUCGUACUAGUGCGAUGAGACAUUAGAGCAGGCUGUUGUACGUGUGACUAUUUUUGUUUCUUAUUUAUUCACCACAACAAAAGUCUGCUUACGGUCUUCUCUCGUGUUUGAGGAACUGUUUCUCAUUUACACCACAUUAAACAGAAUUACACUGCAAUUUCUCUGCUUGGGGUGAUCCCUUCAAAAACUAUUUUAGUCGCUUAACACAAGAAUAUAACAACACUUCUCACCCUUUGUUCUCAAGAUCCUCGUCUUUAGAGAAAAUCUCUAAAGUAUCAAACACAACACUGCAAAAAACAUAUAAGGGUCACUAAAUGCCAUUUUUCCACCGGAUUUAGCAAUAAACAAAACAAAACAAAAAAGACUGGUUUUAUAAUUAUUUUUCUUGGGGGGGAAAAAAAGAUAUGGUUCUCAACAGCAUUUUUUGUGAAUGUGAAUUAUUUCCAUAGCAACAAUUCACUCUGUUUCACAAAAAAAGAAGAAAAAAAAGAGAAACACAAAAAACCCUCUCUUUUUCAAGUAUCAUGCCAUUUCAGACAACAAGAUAUUUAAUUAACAUAGUUCUAUACAUUGACCUGUUAUACUCGCCUGUUAACUCGAAAGAGAUGGGCUCAUUGGGGAAAGUGUAACAGACUUAAAGAGUAUUGGAAUAUGCCCAAAUGUUCCCUGCAACUGGACUCCAUUCAGAGUCAGUAAGCGUAUGAUGAGUGAAGUGGUUUUGAAUAUUGCCUUCAGAAUCCAUGCUGAUUCAAGGCCAGCCCUGAACAUGGCAACUCUUAUUUCUACACACAGUACCUCUUCACUCUCAAUUUAACCCAAAAAUCUGAUGAACCCAUUACCGCAAACUUGAUUUCAUGGAACAAGGGGUAGAUAUAGUUACAAAUGAUCAAUCGCAAGCAGAGAACCAAAGAAGCACAACAUUAACAAUUCACACCAUUUUGGUUCACUUGCUCAAGCAGAAGAUCUGCCAGCAUAUUUAAUGCUCAGUUACUUUGUUUAGUUUGAGGGAAGACAUGAGUCAUGCUGUAUUUAAGAAACUGAGGGGUCUUAACAUGAUGUUGUCCCCUCCUUGUCGUUUUGAUUGUCAGACCGCACUCCAAUUCAAACAAUUAAACACACAGGUGUUUCGAAAAAGUUCAGAUUUGAAAUUGUCUUUUUUUUUUUUCUUGCGCACCAGCAGGGGAAAACCACAAAAUAAUUUCUUCAAUAAAAUCAUUUAAUGUUAGAUUGCAUGUUAUUGUGCAAAUCAACCUCUUGUUCAAAAGCCUUGUAAAAUUGUAGACCCCACAGGCAUAUGCCGUCAAUUUAAUGGGAUCACUGGAAAAGCAAAACAGCUGUGAAAGAUUGCUUUAAGUACAGCAAUCGUGUGCAUGUCAUUCUGUUCAAUGGUGGAAAAAUCCAAAUUCAGAUAGGCAUCAGUAUUUAAGAAAAUGACUGCUAAAGCAUCUCUUGUAAGCACCUAAGGGACAAUAAGACUUGACAUGUAGCAUGUAAACAGAAAUACACAGCAGAUGUUAGAUUAGUUUUGAAUACAAACUCGGCAUUUUCCGAUUGGUUCAUCAAUAGAACGACUACUCGAUCGAUCAGUCUGAAACAGAAAAAAAGUUCUGUGGCCGAGCAUGAUGUAACAUGUUCAAAAAUAUAUUUAGUGAAAAACGUAGGCAUCAUCAACAUAAAAAAUGUGCUCACAUAAUUUUCAAGACGUUGCUCAUUUUGGAAUUACUUGGAAUUAGCUUAAUAUUAAAUGAAACCCAUUUUUAAUUAACCAAAAAUUCAAGGUGACGCUGUAAAUAUAAUAAAACCAUUACCAGCUGUACUAUUAACAUAAUAUGUACUUUUUGAAUAAGUUAAUUAAUAAACACUAACUAUAGAAAAGGAAAACUAUCCAUCAAGUUUUAUCUUGCCAGCUCCUGUACUAAACAUUGAGAUUAUUUUCAGUUUUUGACCCACGGUUGUUAAAAUAUGCGCCCAAACAAAUACAAAGGAUAAUUAACUUGCAGAAUCUCAGUGUUAGCAGACUUUUUCACAUAUUUAAAAUUUCAGGCUACGAUAAAAAAAGGGGCAACAAAAAAACUAUAACAUUCAAUUUCUCAAAUCUGAAGAAUUGCACUUUCCAAAUCUUUGAUGGGGGGGCGGGGGGGGGCUGUGGGGGGCAUUAUUGUAUUUUGUUCACAGGCAACAGACGCCUUAUAAUCUUAUCAGGACAAUGCAAGUAAAUUUCAGCAAGGUUUGUUCCAACUCAUCUGUGAUAAAUGAGAAGAUAAGGCAAUCAGUUCACAACAUGACACUGUGCAGCUAGUUAAGCACUCUUCAGAACUGUUCAGGUGUGUUCACACAGCUUAGGAGCCUUGCACAGGGGGUAUAUCAAUAUAAAUGCUUCCUUGAUUGUGGUCAGAAAUCCUGGCAUUACUUGCUUUCCAAAGACUUAACCCAGGUCACAAAUAAAUAAUCGGCAUUAAAGUCACCUUUUGAUUGCAAUUUGAACACUGGAAUUCGGUUGGGUCAAAAGAAAGUAUUUUUUAUUUGAUUUUGUUUGUUCUCUACAGUUCCACUGCUUGACAAGUGCUUACAAAACUCCAUCACGCCUUUAAAGGGACCUGUGUGGGUCACUAAAGGAGAAGGUUUCAGCCCUACAGGAGUUAAGAUCUAUAUUCAAGGAGUUUUAACGGCCCUGUGUCAUCGACUGAAAUCUGCAAAGAGCUAUGACAACCAGGUGAGUUAUCAAACAAUUUCCUAUUGUUUUUUUUACCCCCUCUACUUGUAUCAAGGCAAUGAUUGGCAAAAUGUCAUAAAGAGGUGUGACAUCUAUACACUGUGAGUACUACCCAUAGAUGCAUAGAUACCUUUUCUGUACUCACAGCUAAGCUGUAAUAAUAGAGCUAAUGGUAUAUUGUCUUGUAGUGUGGUGUUGGGAUGUCAUAAUGUCAGUUUUCCUAAUGCACACGCUGCAGAAUUGAGACUGAUUCAUGUGUAUCUUUUAAUAAAUCAUCAGGAAAAGGAUCAGGAAUUAUUGUGUACAUAAACACAGGAAUCUAUCUCUCCCUCUAUCUAAUAUAAUCUAUCUAUCUAUCUAUCUAUCUAUCUAUCUAAUAUAUAUCUAUCUAUCUUUCUCUCCCUAUCUGUCUGCCUAAUCAAUCUCUCUGUCCCACCCAUUCAAUUUUUUGUGUUUUUUUUUUCCAUUUAUAAAAUGGAUUUAUAUUUCCCCAUGCUGUCAAUCAUUAAAACCUUGAUUUCACAAUACAGAUAUACUAUGAGUAUUUAAUUUUCACCUUUGGCAGAAUGUAUUUUCGCUGUAGGCAUAAAUCUUUGCCAGAAUCGAGUGCAAAAUAUUUUACAUAAAGAACAGGUGGCUCUCCCUGGCUCUUAGCUCAUUUAUCUUAUCUGUAUUACCUGUCUAUCUUAUUUAUUUAUUCUAUCUAUUAUUUUAUUUAUUUGAAUUAAGCCAUCCAAAAUAACAGGUUUCACGUGUAAAAAAAUAAAUAAAAAUAAUGUGAUCUUUGGGAACACCACUUCAUUGAUUACCCAUUUUUCUUCUCUUUAUUGCCAAUGGUCUGAAUACUCCUUAAAGAGACACUGCAAGAGCCAAACAAAAACUCCUAAAAAAUAUAUGCAGAAAUAAGGCAAAUUACUUGCUCACUGAUCAGUCACUUACAGGGUUAAUUUGUCCCUUUGUACAGGGCUUUUGGAGAUCACUGAUUUGAUGAUGGGCACUCUAGAUACAUUUUAGAAAAAAAUAUUUUUUUGAAUUGUGCUCAGAGCGUGCUUAAACCAACAGCGCCACCUACUCGGCCAUUCGAGACUUGCGUGCAGGAAAGAUGCUAG